AUGACCCGGAAGGCAGGACUUUGCACGUAUUUAGUGGGGGUGUUAGUGAGCCUUUUGUGCGUUACUCCGGUCUCUGCCAACUGGCGGUACAAGUCUAGACCAGACCUCGCACCACCAACUUUGAAUAUCACUCUCCCAGCCACAAAAGAAGUUGAGAAGGGCUACCUUUUUGUUGCCCCCUUUUCUGGGUACCCUGAAGGGACCCAUCACGGGCCAGCACAAGCAGCACCAUACAUCUUUACUGAUACCGGCGAUCUUGUCUGGUCCGGCUUCACCUAUUUCUCCAUUUGGGCCACAAAUUUCCAAGCCGCACGACACAAAGGCAAGGAUAUUCUAUUCUGCUUCGAAGGAAGCCACAAUGCCGCCUAUGGUCAUGGACAUGGUCAUACGACAUUUCUCGACCGACACUACGAAACGAUCCGAGAACUCCGAGCCGGCAAUCAUCAUCUUACCGAUAAGCAUGAGUUUCACAUCAUUAAUGAAGAGACAGCACUCAUUCAGAUCUAUCAUCCUAUCCCCUACAAUUUGACACCUUACGGAGGCAGCGAGGAGCAGCAAUGGAUUGUUAAUGCAAAAUUUCAAGAACUCGACAUCGAGACAGGCAGUGUAUUGUUCGAAUGGAGCAGCCUUGACCACGUAGACCCAUCGGAGGGCUACCUUCCCUUGAAACCUGGUCAAGCUGGGGCCGGAUACAAUAGCUCGGACGCCUGGGACUAUUUCCACAUCAACUCCGUUGACAAGGACGACCAAGGUAGUUACCUGAUCUCCGCCCGCGAUGCCAACGCCGUGUACAAGAUCAACGGAACAACCGGCAAAAUCAUCUGGCAACUAUCUGGAAAGUCGUCGAGCUUCACGAUGGGUGACCAAGUCGAGUUCGCGUUUCAGCACCACGCCCGCUUCUUGUCCCGUAACGAAAACGGCACUAAAGAAAUCAUUAGUCUGUACGACAACUCGGCUCAUGGGACGGAAAAUGGUCACGGACAUGAAGUCCACUUCUACAACAUCUCGCGCGGCAAGAUCAUCGAAGUCGACACAGAGAGUUGGGAAGCUAGGAUUGUGCAAGCUUUCCACCCGCCGGACGACCUGCUUUCCAAGUCCCAAGGCUCAACCCAAGUCCUUCCGAAUGGCAACGUCCUCGUCAACUGGGGCUCGGCGGGAGCCAUUACCGAGUUCAAAUCCGAUGGUUCGCCGAUUUUUCACGCGUACAUGGACUCCGGCUCCCUGGGCAUCGGGGUGGAAAACUACCGCGGCUUCCGAUACAAUUGGACCGGUCUGCCAAAUGAAGCACCUGCCAUCGUCGCCCUCGAGGAUGGAGAAUCCACUUCCGUCUAUGUCUCCUGGAAUGGUGAUACUCGGACCCAAUUAUGGCGCUUCUUCGAGGUCUACCGUGGCGGGCGAGCUUUGAUCGGCGAGGUUAAGAGAGAGAGUUUCGAGACCGUCAUAAAAAUUGGCCGUAUUGGACUCGAGAACAUGCAGGCUCAGGCAAUUGGUGCAGAGGGUGAGGUACUAAUUGAUACAUCGGUCAUCAGGCCGGAGGUUAUGAUCCAUCAGUAUAAAGCGAAUGAUCGGAGAGAGAAGACGGAGAAAGAUCCUCUCUUCACUUGGCCAGGGUUGGAGCGUCAGAAGUCUACCGCGUACGGGAGUGCGAUGCACAAGGGACAACAGCGAGUGACAGGGAGUACUUAG